AUGGAAGGUGUCGGUGCUGCAGCUAGUAUUUUCCAGCUCGCAACAGCUGCUGUAUUAAUCAUCCAGGCCAUUCACGACAUCCUCGUCGAGGCAAGAGAGGGGUUGACGCACGCCUUUCAGAGAACUGCUGAAUUAAAAUCUCUGCAGACUAUACUGGACCUUAUCAAAUCGUCCCAGCCAUCGUCCCCAGACAGUCUCCAAGGGCCACUGCGAAUUGUUCACGGACAUCUUCACGAAUUACACGAACUCUUGUCCAAGGUCCGUGAUCGGCCCAGAACACCAAUAUUUCUCCGCCUGUGGACUGUUCGAGGUCUCAUCAAGACCGAGAACAAGAUUAUCGAAGGCCUAGAUAACCUCGAACGCGCCAAGAGCAGCCUUGUUUUGCACCUUUCUGCAACUCAAAGGCAAACAUUGGAUAAGAUUCUAGAAAAGAUGAAUGAGCAGGAGACUAAACGCGUGCAUGGGUCUAGAGAGUUGGUACUCGACCGAAGUCAACGGAGCUCUAGGUACGGUUCCAGUCCCCGUGUAGAAGAGAUUGUCUCCCCCACAGAGAAAGAUACCGGAUACGCACUGGUUCCCAGGCAGCAAGGGCACAUAAUGACCCUGCGGAAUAAUUAUAGCUCCCCAGCAGCUCCCGGAGCAGCUCACUCCAAACCUGAAGAGGAAAACGCAACCAAUGCUCCUCACGGGAAUGCUGGCCAUCGCUGUGCCGCCUCCGAAUGGAACAUUACUGGCUCGACGAUACAACCUCCUACAGGGAGCGAUUGGCAAUAA